CUCGAGUUAAACUGGGACUAAUGCCUUUAAUCACUUAGCCUUACAACCCCCAGCUACCCUCAGGAUCUCUUCCCAUUCUCCCCCUCCAGCAGGGUCAUUGAGCAUGCACAUGCGCAGGCCCAUAGCUGCCACCACUUCCGGGGGAACAGGCCAAUCACAGCACGGAACAAAUAAAUACAGGAUCCUGGGCCUGCCUCAGCUUAAAUCCAUGUAGUCGUAAUGGAGGUGGUAUGACUGCGUUACAUGAGAUUUUUAUCGGGACGACAGUUUUCAAGUUGCAAAGUGGCCACGUGAUCGCCAAAGAAGGAUUGUUGGGGUGUGAAGGAAUGAAUGGUUGCUUGCUUGGACCCGUGGCUACUUUGUUGAAGAAGAAAGUCAUUAAUCUUAAAUUUAGGUGAGUUAAUCCGUGGGAGAGCUGCAGUCAGUGAAUCUUUCUUGCCCUCAAGCUACGGGACAGGACACCACGCAAGACUUCAGUGGCUGCCAUCAGAAGCUGGCCAGUGUGGAACCUAAAGCUUUGAGGUCUGGGGGAGAUCUACUCGCUGGGUCUUGAGCUUACGGCAGGCCUUGCCAAGGGGAACAUUCUUACCCACCACCUUCAUUCUCUGCUCAAUGGAGUUUGUAACAGCCCUGGUACACCUCCAGGAAGAGUCUAACUGCCCCAUCUGUCUGGACUACUUGAAAGACCCAGUGACUAUAAACUGUGGGCACAACUUCUGUCGCUCCUGCAUCAACAUGAUGUGGAAGGAUCUAGAAGAUACCUUCCCCUGUCCUGUCUGCCGUUUUUGCUUUCGUAACAAAAACUUACGGAGCAACCGCCAGCUCAGUAAUUUGGCUGAAAUUGCUAAACUACUGCAGGUCAGAAGGAGCAAGAGAAAAAGGCAGGAAGAAUAUUCUGUGUGUGAGAAACACAAUCAGUUUCUGACCCUUUUUUGCGGGAAGGACCUAGAGGUUUUAUGUGCACAGUGCAGCCUCUCUGUUCAACACCAGAAACACUACAUUUGCCCCAUUAAGAAAGCUGCCUCUUAUCACCGGAAAAUUCUAGAAUAUAGCAUUGAGCCCUUGCAGAACAAUGUGGAACGAGUUGAAAAAGUGAUUUCUCUGCAAGCCAGCAAAAUUGUGGAACUGAAAAAGAAGGUAGAGUAUAGGAGAGAAGAAAUCAUUUCUGAAUUUGAGCAACUUCGACUGUUUCUGCAAAAUCAGCAAGAGGUUCUUCUUAGGCAGAUGAAAGAUGAAGAGAUGGACAUUUUAACGAAACUAAAUGCCAACCGUGUAACAUUUUCAAACCAUGUUUCCACAUUAAAACAUCUGCUGAAGGAGGUAGAGUGCAAGUGUGGGCAAUCGGAACUGGAAUUACUGACACAUGUGAAAGGUAUCUACCACAGGUAUCAAAACCUAAAACGUCCUGAGCUCUUUUUAUUCCGAUUAAAGAAAUAUGGACUUAGCCUUCCUCCACAAUAUUCUGGCUUGGGCAAAAUUAUCAAGCCAUUUCAAGUAGAUGUGAUUCUAGACCUUGAAACAGCACACCCUCGGCUAAUUGUCUCUGAGGAUAGAAAAACUGUGCAUUAUGGAAAGAGAAGAAAAUACCUUUGUUAUAACCCAAGAAGAUUUUACCUCUGCCCUGCUGUCCUGGGCUCUAAGAGAUUUAGUUCUGGCCGGCAUUACUGGGAGGUCAUAGUGGGAAACAAGCCUAAAUGGACCUUGGGAGUGUGUCAAGACUGUUUUCCUAGGAAUUGGAGGAAUCAGCCAGUAGCUGAGGGUGGGUUCUGGGCAAUUGGGAGAUAUAUUGAAAGCAUUUAUGUUAUGUUGGGUCCUAAGAGAAGCCAGCUUCUGCCCACAGUAAGACCCACUAAGAUUGGCAUUUUUUUGGACUAUGAGUUGGGUGAGGUUUCCUUUUACAAUAUGAAUGAUAGAUCUCUUCUCUAUACUUUUAAUGAUUCUUUUACAGAAGCUGUUUGUCCCUAUUUCUAUGUUGGAAUAGAUUCUGAACCUCUUAAAAUCUCUUCAGUAACAGAUGAUGAAAGAUGAAGUACCUGGGAAAGAAACAAUGCUGUUUCAGUAUCUAGGGAUAACUAGUAAAUUUAGUCUCAGCAAUUCUGGAUUCUUAUGGUUUACCGCUGAAAACCAGAAGAGAUUUUUCUCCUUCAUUUUAAGCAACUAUAAAACAUGAGAGUAACACCAAUUUUAUAGAUGUUUAUAGAUGCUUUUAGUUUCUAAGAUAAAGUAUUUGAAGAUUAUGCUACUUAACAAAUUUAAUAAAAUAUUUCUGUUGAAAUUACCUAUAA